AUGGAGAGCGCGUCGACACAGCAAUGUGAUGUCAAGGACUGGGCGCGCCAAGUGAAGGGCUACGUCGACCAGGCUUUGCUCAUCUUCCUGGAGCUGCGCAAGCGCGAGGUGUCCCUCGCGGUGCCCGCCCAGUGUUCUUUGAUUGCGCCGUUGGCCAUCGCUGAUGCUGCCUCUGGCGCUAACCUCGCUUCGUUUCGCGAGGUCAUGGACUUCGACAACCUGGUUGCGAGCUUCCCCCGCACCAAGGAGUAUGAGGCAGCGGGGGCGGUGUGGAUGUUGGACCCGGUUUGCGCGGACAUCGACGACGUCGCCGUAAGUCAGCUCGAGGGUGCCAUGAGAAUCUGGUCGGAGGAGACGUUCCUCCUCUCCCCCAAGCACGCGCCCUCGCGGCGCCUGACCUUCGACGUGCCUCUCCCCGCCUUGGUGGUCGACGCUCAGGUCGCCCAGCGCCUUGAGCCUGGCAAGCCUGGGGUUAGCUUGACAGAGCCUCUGGCCAUGAUCGCGGGCCGCGCGGCGGUGACCACGUGGUAUUCUGCCAUGGGCGAGGCGCUCAAGGAGUCCAACGAGGACCGCGCGUGGCAUCUGUUCAACGCCGCGUUGCCCGCCCCCAUCAGGACGCGCGCGCUGCCCGAUGCGGACGCGACCCACUUGGCGGCCCUGAGGUUUGGAGAGAAGAUGUUCACUGCGAUUGCUGCCUCUGGCGCAGAUAGCUUCUGGUGGUUCGCAGAAAAAGCGUGCCGCUUGACAAGCGCGCGCGCCAGUCUCGACAGAUCGGAAGCAGUGGCGAGGCUGGAGGCUGCGCUGAAGGCCUACGGCCCCCAGUUCAAAGGGAACCCGUGCACCGCCGCAACUGCCGCGGCGCUGAAAGGUUUGCACGCUUUCGUCCUCGACAGCGCCUGCGCCUCGGCUUUCUCGCUGGCCGAAGCAUAUAUCCCAGAGCUUCUCGAACCUACGCUUCUCAUGAAGAUCGGCUUCGCAUGCUCCACAAGGGCUGUCUCUAACGACGAGGCCAGGGAACUGUUCGUUUUCACCCUGAACACUUGCCGCGUGGCCCGCCUGGCGGGCGACGCCCCGAAGGGCGAGAAACUGGCCGUGGGCCGGGCCUGCGGGCGCAAUUGUAAAUCGCCAGGGAUGCUCCGCGCGCCCUUCAAGAAAAAGAAGCUCGUCGAGUACAUUUUCCACGGCGCCUCUCUCAUGCGCAAGGAACAUGGGCGCGAAGUGGCCGCAUUCAAAACACCUCUCCGCGUCCUCCAGCGGUUCGCUGCCUCUGGCGCGGAUGGGCCCGUGGCUUCGCACCGCGUGUCCGACUCAGGCGGCGGCGCCGACGGGGUGGAGAUAUUGUUCGCGCUCCGCGUAGCUGAGUAUCGGAACGCCGUGGAUUGCAAGUCGAAGGCGGUGAUCGACGUCGCGCGGCCUCUGUGGUCGGGCGCUUUCGACGAAGAAAUCGUCGAGCUUGCCGAGCAGGAGAUGCAGAACAGCGCGCCUGAGCUGGGUGUCAGGUACCGCGCUCUCGUGACCGCCUGCGCGGGCGGGCCGAUCCCCGCCGACCCCGAGCUGGAUGCAAAUCUCGGCUUGUCGGGGUACUCAGUGGGGCAGAUGCAGAGCGUGUGGGGCGCGCUCAGCUUGGGGCACCGCUUCGCGAGGAAGAAGACCGACGUUCGCGCGUUCGUCCUCUCAGCGGAGCUCUUCCCGCCCAGCGUCGUCAAGCAAGGCGUCAAGGCGAGGCUGUGCGAGCAGUUGCCGUGCGACGAGGCGAAGUUCAAGCGAGUCAUCGAGUUCUCUUUGCAGAAGAGGCAGAAGGAUGACAUCCUCAUCUUCCUCGACGGCAGGAGCCGCGCGAAUCGCCGGGUCAGUGAGGCCCUCGAGGCCAAGUUGGAGUCAGGAGGCCCCCGCGCUUUCGUUGAGUGCUGGAUCGUGUGCGAGCAGCCAAACAAGAAGGAGGAUCCGCGGUCCCCGGCCAGGGCGCACAGCUACACCAAGAACAACAGGGAGACGGCGAUCUUCUCGCUGCCAGUCAAGGGCCAGCGGAAGGUGGUGCACCGUUCGGAGUUCAACGCGCGCGGCGAGUCCUCGACCGCAGACGCGACGUACACUGGCGCCACAAUGCGGCGUCUUUCCGAGCUCCCUCGCCUGAGCUACGAGACCAAGGCGAGCAUCCUGGGAGCUGCAUCUUGCGCUGGCGUUGACGGCGCCAAGCCGAGGAUUCCGCGCCUGCAGGUGAAGCCCAUCAGCCUGUGGCAGACGAUCAUGGGGCACCGCAGCGUGACCCGCAUCGUGGACUUCACUCCAGGCUCUGGCGCCUUGGCUGUCGCUGCCGCUGGCGCAAUGGAGUGCGAAGGCGUCGCUUGCAACGAGGACCAUCGGGGCUGGCUCGACUCCAUCGUGGACAGGUGCGUGAUGUACAAGGCGGGCCAGGAGGAGGGGUGCGCGCAUCAAUUGGGCGGCGACGCCGACUUCGUCGAGAAAGCUAGCAAGUAUUUCAGCGGAAACAUGAUGGAGGCGAAACGUCUGCUGAUGCCGCUGGUCGACGAGGUCGGCGGGGGCGAGGAUGAGGACGAGGACGAGGAUGACGAAGAGUAG